AUCAUGGACAUAUGUGAAUCCAUCCUGGAAAGGAAGAGGCAUGACAGCGAGCGGUCUACGUGCAGCGUCUUGGAGCAGACGGAUAUUGAAGCUGUUGAGGUUCUUGUUUGCAUGAGUUCCUGGGGUCAAAGAUCCCAGAAAGGGGACCUGUUAAAGAUAAGACCCCUCACACCUGUCUCUGACUCUGGGGAUGUCACUACUGCUGUGCAGGUGGACACCGCUGCACCUGGGCUACCAAAGGACUUUCAUUCUUUAUCAACUCUGUGUAUGACUCCUCCACAAAGCCCCGAUCUCAUGGAACCAUCAACAGGGACAUCUAUUCCUUCCCAAGUCACUGAUUCCAAAGCAUGCGUGGUCACAGCCAUCGCUCCUGCCUCUGCUGCAGCAGUUGAAGUGCUGAGCAGGAACACGCAGAGUGGACUGCCUGGUUCCAAGCUAGAGACGCUGGAACCAACCCCUAGCCCCUGCAGAGCUGUGGUAAUGAGUGUGAUCCGCCACACUGGGGAGAGUCCUGCUCCUGCCCACAUUUCUGCUGCCCAGACACAAGAACAGGGACUUGCAGCCAGCAAAGGAGAAGCACAGUGUUUGAGGCAUUGUGAGGCUUUGCAGGACACACACUUCAGCAACAGUUUACUCAACACUAACUUGGUAUCCUGUCAGCCUUGUUUGCACAACACUGGUGGCUUGAUCCCCACUGAUAAAGGCCAGCUGGCAGGGUGGCCUGUUACAGUUCAAAACUGCUCACCAAAGAAUUAUGAAAAUGACUUGCCAAGGAAUGCCACCCCUCUGAUUUCUGUCCCCAUCCCCAAUCCCCCUGUCCUUUGCCAAAUGAUCCCCAUGACUAGACAAAGUAGUAUGCUACCAGCUUUUUUGAAGUCUCCCCAAGUGUCUACAGGUAUCAAACCCAUCUUACCCCAGACUGUUCCAGUUGCCCAGCCUGUGUUCAUGGGACCAUCCGUGCCUCAGGGAACUGUGAUGCUGGUCCUCCCCCAGGGUGCCCUCUCCCCACCUGCCACCACCUCCUCUAGUGUAAUGUCUGUUGGGAAUACCAAGUUACUUCCCCUUGCCCCUGCUCCAGUGUUCAUUGCAUCCAGCCAAAACUAUGCCCCUCAGGUAGACUUUUCCCGAAGGAGGAAUUAUGUUUGCAACUUCCCAGGCUGCCGGAAAACCUACUUCAAAAGUUCCCACCUCAAGGCUCAUCUUCGCACUCACACAGGGGAGAAGCCUUUCAAUUGCAGUUGGGAUGGCUGUGAUAAAAAGUUUGCUCGUUCAGAUGAACUUUCACGUCACCGAAGAACUCACACAGGGGAGAAGAAGUUUGUAUGUCCAGUGUGCGAUCGGCGUUUCAUGCGCAGUGACCACUUGACGAAGCAUGCCCGGCGACACAUGACUACUAAGAAGGUCCCUGGCUGGCAGGCAGAAGUUGGCAAGCUGAACAGAAUUGUUGCAGCAGCAAAACCUGGGAGUCCUCUAGGGAGCAUGCCAGCUUCUGCCUGA